GCGUAAAGUGCAGCCGUAACAGUGUGUCCGGAAGUGAUAUCCGAUUUCACUGCUGUCAGACAGUUGUUGCCUUCACACUUGUAUCACAGCGUGUUUAUGUAAUGUUUUUCCGCUGUAGAAAGCAGCGGGUUGCUGUUCAGUUUCUCGCCUGAUGCAAACUCAUAGUGGGUGAGAGGAGGAAGUCCACAAUGAGCUCUGAGGAUGUGCUGAAGAGCGCGUCCACACUAGCGUCCUACAAUGUGCUGUUACAGGUGAUGUUUCGUGUGCUCACCUUUUUGCUGAACGCAUUCACAUUGCGGUUUGUGUCCAAAGAGCUAAUUGGUGUCGUUAAUGUCAGGCUUACACUACUCUACACCACAUUGGUGUUUUUGUCCAGAGAGGCUUUCCGCAGAGCGUGUCUGAGUGGGGGAUCUGGGACAAACCACAGCUGGAGACAAGUUAUCAACCUGCUGUGGCUGACACUGCCUCUCGGUGUGUUAUGGGCGGCUCUGCUGGUGUGUGUGUGGCUGUGGCUCUUGGAGAUCCCAGAUCCUCAGACUGUCCCGUACUAUGGCCCUGCUGUGGUGUUGUUUGGCUUGUCUGGAGUGCAGGAGCUCCUGGCUGAGCCUCUCUGGGUCCUGGCUCAAGCUCACAUGUUUGUCCGCCUGAAGGUGGUCGCUGAGAGUUUAGCUAUGAUUGCAAAAUGCAGUAUAACUGUGGUGCUGGUGGUGUCCGCUCGUGAAUGGGGCCUCUACAUUUUCUCUGCUGCUCAUUUGGUGUACACAGGAGUCCUGGUGCUGUGUUAUGCUGCUUACUUUAUUCAUUUCCUGGGCUCUGAACAAGCUUACAAGAAGAGUUUUCCUGUGCACCACGUUGGGGAGCUCUUACCCUGUAGAGUGGAUGGAGAGCCACUGGUUGACUGGACUCUAGCUCGGCUCACAUGGAGCUUCUUCAAACAGUCCUUCCUGAAGCAGAUCCUGACAGAGGGUGAGCGUUACAUCAUGACCUUUCUGAACGUCCUCAGCUUUGGAGACCAGGGCGUUUAUGACAUCGUCAACAACCUGGGCUCCAUGGUGGCGCGCUUCAUCUUCUUGCCCAUCGAGGAAAGCUUCUACAUCUUCUUUGCCAAAGUGCUGGAGAGAGGACAUGAUGUCAAAAACCAGAAACAGGAAGAUGUUGCUAUAGCAGCAGAUGUCCUGGAGUGCCUGCUAAAACUGGUUUUAGUGAUCGGUCUUAUCAUCACAGUGUUUGGCUACGCCUUCUCUCACUUGGCUCUGGACAUUUACGGCGGCUCUUUGCUGAGCAGUGGAGCAGGUCCCACUUUGCUGCGAUGCUACAGCUGCUACGUCCUCCUCCUCGCUGUAAACGGUGUAACCGAGUGUUUUGUCUUUGCUGCCAUGAGCCAAAGAGAGGUUGACAACUACAAUCUGGUGAUGUUGGCUCUGUCUGUGUCCUUCCUUGUCUUGUCCUACGUGCUGACGUGGUGGGCUGGUGGUGUCGGCUUCAUACUUGCAAACUGCCUCAACAUGGGCCUGCGCAUCGUCCACAGCCUGCUUUACAUACACCGCUACUUCCAGUUCACUGCGUGGAAACCACUGCGAGGCCUCCGGCCCUCCCCGCUCCUCCUACUGGCCCUUGCUGUCAGUGGAGUCAUCACAGCAGUUUCAGAGAGUGUUUUCUGCUGUGACAGCGGCUGGUUACUGAGGCUGGUCCAUAUUGGCGUGGGAGCAGUGAGUCUACUUGGUGUGCUUGUAGUUGUUCUCCUCACAGAGACGAGGCUCAUACAGUUUGUGAGGACUCGGCUGUUGCCUCAGUACGGAAAAAAACACACGUAAAUUUGACCAAAAA